GAAUGCAUAAUGCGGAUUAAUGUGUACACAAAGUUCGAUUCCAAAUCACGAAAUUUCGCCAAUCGCCACAGCUAUUUGCGCAUCGCUGGCGGAAGGCUUCCCCACACGGCCCGGAGGGUUUGAUUUUUCAACAUUUUGAUUUCACCGCUUGCAAGAGGUUUGGGAAAAGGACAUAUAGUAGCCAUGGCCGGUGUCGCCGACGGCGCAGAGACCGACCAACAGGUUGACGCAUCAAUGACGGACGACGUUGGUUCUAUGGACAACACCGUCAUAUCCACCGUUCAGCAGAGGAGAUACAAAUGCUCAGACUGUAACCUUUCGUUUCGGCGCACGGAACACUUGGUUCGCCACCAGCUAACACACAGCGGAGAGAAGCCCUAUCCAUGCACAAUAUGCUGCAGAGGGUUUUCCCGAAUGGAUGCACUUCAACGUCACUAUCGGAUACACAGCUUUCGUCCGAAUGUUGUCAUACCCUCAGCUUCUGGAGAAGCCCCAAAUUCGUCUGAAGCACCUUCCCCACACGUCUUGAUUUCAGCCUCCCGUUCCCGCACACGUCCCUAUCCUGCCCUUCUUCCCUCACCUCGGCCAAGUGUCUCCAUGACCUCAGAGUCAUCACCGUCCUCUGUAUCACUUUCACCAUCGAAAAGUAUUCCCGUUAGAGGUCCAGUUAUAUGCCCCGCACGCCUUCGAGAGCUUGCCUCGGCGGCGGUUGUGGUUGUGGCAAACGGAGACCGAGCAUUAUAUCAGUGUCCAGUCAAGGGAUGCAAAACGCUCCUCACCAGUCAUCACUUGUCGCACCAUUUAGAAGCACGGCGACAUGCUCACGAGCCUGAGAAACACUCUCAGGGCUGUACAGCCAUCGGCACUCGAGAUUUGGUGACAUUUGUUGACCACAUUUACAGUCGACAUGCGAUGCAACAAUUUUGUCGAGAUUGCAAAACGGACCAUACCCGUGGCGAUUACUAUUCUGUAGAAAAUGCUCCGUGCGUGAUUCCAGCUUGCCAUGACCCACUGGAAUCAGCACAAGUGGAACUCUCUCGUUCUUCUCUCCAUGCCGUUCUUGCUGGUAGCAUACAAGCGCCGUCGCCCAAAUCAGCGACGGACAGCGACGAUGCAUCACUGUUGACCUUGGCACAUUGUGCCGCACAAGAAUUGGCUCGCGCACCCCAAUCGAUAGACAUGGGUACUAUCUGGGACAUGGAGGAGGAGAAUAGUGGGGCCAAGGCCAGCGAAGCACACCGAUUCAGAAUUCAAGAUUUGCUAAACUAGUCUGUGUCCUUGCUUUGCACAUAAUAUAUAUAUAUAUAUUUCAACGUUGAAAACACA